ACCGCCGCCGCCUCCUCCUCCUGACAAGGCGAUCCCUUCAGCGCAGGCAGAGGCAGAAGGGAUCCGAGCAAGAGGAGGAUCAGCAUCCCCAGCCCCCUCGCACCCGCGGACAGCCGCUUCUCUCUGCCCUCCGUCUCUGCUGCGCCCCUACAGCUCAGCCCACUGCCGCCCGCUUUGCCCUGUGGCCCGCCGGGGCGCCCGACAGCCAGCCCGCGGGGCGGGGAGCACCUUGCCAACAGCCGCUCGCCGCCUUCCCCGACCCUCCCCCAUCCUCAUCCCCAUCCCCAUCCUUAUUCCUUCCCUACCCCCGCCCACCCCCUCGGCUCGCGCGACUCCCCCCACCCCCAGCUCCGCAGCCAUCCUUCUUCCCUCCCCUUCUCUCCCUCUCCCUCCCUUCUUUUCCCCUCCCCCUCCCCCCCCCGCCCCCCGGGCCCCCUUUACCUGCCCGCCCGCCGAGCCAUGUCGUUGAGCCCCAAGCACACGACGCCCUUCUCUGUGUCCGACAUCCUGAGCCCCAUAGAGGAGAGCUACAAGAAGUUCGGUGGCGCCAUGGACGGCGCGCCGCCCAACCUGGGCUCCCCCCUGGGGGCGGCGGCGGCCGCGGCAGCCGCAUACAGGCAGCAGCCCGCGGGUUCUUCUUCGCAGGCGGCGGCCGCCGCGGCGGCCGCAGCAGCUGCCGCGGCGGGAAUGCAACCGCCUCCUCCUCACGCCAUGGCGGGCCACAACGCGGCGGCCGCUGCGGCCGCAGCAGCAGCGGCUGCAGCUGCGGCCGCCACCUAUCACAUGCCUCCUGGCGUCUCCCAGUUCCCCCACGGAGCCAUGGGCAGCUACUGCAACGGGGGAAUCGGCAACAUGGGAGACAUCCCCGCCUACCCAGACGGCAUGAGGGGCAGCGCGGCCGCCACCGGCUGGUACGGGGCCAACCCGGACCCUCGCUACUCCACAAUCUCCAGGUUCAUGGGGCCGUCCACCGGCAUGAACAUGACGGGAAUGGGGACGCUGACGGGGAUCGCCGAGGCCGCCAAGUCCAUGGCCCCGCUCCAUGCGGCCCCGAGGAGGAAAAGGAGAGUGCUUUUCUCGCAGGCGCAAGUCUACGAGCUCGAGAGAAGAUUCAAACAGCAGAAAUACCUCUCCGCCCCGGAACGGGAGCACCUGGCCAGUAUGAUUCAUCUCACGCCGACCCAAGUUAAGAUCUGGUUCCAAAACCAUCGGUACAAAAUGAAAAGACAGGCAAAGGACAAAGUCACGCAGCAGCUGCAGCAGGAGAACAGCCUGUGCCAACAGCAGUCUCCGCGGCGAGUGGCGGUGCCCGUGCUGGUGAAGGACGGGAAGCCAUGCCAGAACUCUUCCAACACUCCAACACCCAGUCAGCCAGGGCCGCAGCAGCCGCCGCCGCCCACCGGGGCCAAUGGUGUGCUGCCCUCGUCCAACAGCGCUGUCCAUCAGCACCAGAACCCACAAGUUAACUCCUUAACCCAGGCACCCGACCUGGAAGAGAUGUCCCCCAGUCCGCCUUCCCUUCACAACCAAGUCACUAACUUGGCGCAAAUGGACGGGUCCACUGUCGAUUACAACAGUGGCAUGGUCAACCCGAACCUGCUCUAUGGCAGGACAUGGUAACAGGGUGGAUUUGUCUCGGGUUGGGUUUCUACAUGGUUCAUCGACAGGAUUCACCUGUUGAUCCGCUGGCUUGCCCAUCCUUUCUUGGAGUGUGCUCCUACUUAACUCCCACUCUCUCCUUUUUCCCUGAGAUGGGAAUGCAACAAACUGCGUGAAACAAUUGAAAACAAAGCAGCAACUAUCAUUUUGAACUUCCUUGGACAAAUAAAUGUAUAUGCUGAUAAACAAUCAAACAAACAAAAAGUCUUGUGAGACCUUGCUUCUGAAAACAAAAACAAAAACAACCCCCCCCCUCCCCAGAAAACACAGGUAUAAAAAGGGACCAAAUCGUCAGUGUAUUGAUCUUUGAGUUGGUUUGUUUCUUCUUAUUGUGAAUUACCAUCACAAAAUUGAGGUGACUAAGAAUCACAUUUGAUUGAUUUGGAUUACCUACUGCAACGCUAACAAGACACAUCAGAAUUUUAGCUUAGUUUGAAAUCGUGUUGGUUGGUGUAUAUAUCUAUAAAAUCAAUUGAGCUUUAACAAUAAACCUUUUGAAGUGCAA